ACCACUAUUGUGAUUGAUUGACAUUAUAAACAUUGUGCACGACUUUGAUAAAAACAAGAAAAAGCACGAUUACAUGCACAAGUACAUAAUUAAAGCUAGAUGAAAAACUGUUAAUUCAUGCAGCAGAAGCAUAAAUUAUAAACAAAAUAUCGAAUAAAAGUCCACAUAUAAAGGAACACCGAAAAAACAUGAAGGAUUCAAAGAAUUUUCCAGCAUUGAAAAAUGACAACGUAUUGAAGGCAGCACGAGGAGAACCCGUUGACCGGGUACCAGUUUGGGUAAUGAGACAAGCCGGCCGCUAUUUACCAGAAUUUCAAGAAGUACGAAAAGAACAUGAUUUUUUCACAGUAUGUCGAACACCCGAGUUGGCAUGCGAGGUUACCAUGCAACCACUGAGACGUUUUGAUUUGGAUGCAUCGAUUAUAUUUUCCGAUAUAUUGGUAAUACCCCAGGCAUUUGGCAUGACCGUGGAAAUGCAUCCUGGUGUGGGUCCAGUAUUUCCUGAACCUUUGCAAACCCCUGCUGAUUUAGCAAAACUUAAGCCCGAAGGAGCCGUGGAACGUUUGUCCUAUGUGGGUGAUGCCAUUACCAUGAUGCGCCACAUGUUAGAUGGUAAAGUGCCUUUAUUGGGUUUUACUGGAGCUCCCUGGACAUUAAUGGGUUAUAUGAUUGAAGGAGGCGGCAGCAAAACAAUGUCCAAAGCCAAGGCCUGGCUAAAAAAUUACACAGAUGACUCCAAAAAGUUGCUGGAUAUGCUAGCAUCCUCUAUCGUUGAUUAUUUGGAGAUGCAAGUUAAGGCCGGAGCACAAAUGGUACAGGUUUUCGAAUCAUCUGCCGAACACUUGUCUAAGGAGGAAUUUUUGACUUGGUGCGCACCAUAUCUUAAGGACAUUGCCAGCAAAUUAAAACAGCGUUUAUCCGAACAAAAUAUACCGUUGGUUCCCAUGACAAUUUUUGCCAAAGGUGCUGGUCACUCUCUGGCCGAACAGGCAACUUUUGGUUACGAUGUAAUUAGUUUGGAUUGGACCGUUGAUCCUGAGGAGGCACGCAAACAAGUUGGCCCCAAUAUAACACUGCAGGGUAAUUUAGAUCCUCAAGAUCUGUAUAAGACACCUGAAGAAAUUCGUGAACUGGCCACAACUAUGGUGCGUAAAUUUGGCAAGACACGUUACAUUGCCAAUCUGGGACAUGGCAUAACACCACAAACACCAAUUGUAAGCAUGGAAGUUUUUGUAGAUGCUGUACACAAAGCCUUAUAGAUUAAGAAUGCAUUUUUUACAUAUAUUAUUUUUUCUUAUGAAGACAUCAAUAAAAUCCAAGGGAAUUUUUGGUUAGCUCUGUAAAACUGGAUUUACAUGUUUUAAAUAAAUGAACAUCAUUCGAU